ACACUCAGUGACUAUACUUUGUUUAUUUUAGUGGCCAAGUGCGAGUUCUUCAAUGCAGGAGGCAGCGUGAAAGACAGGAUCGGCCUGCGGAUGGUGGAAGAUGCUGGGAGAGCCGGGAUCCUCAAACCAGGAGACACAAUCAUUGAGCCCACGUCUGGCAACACAGGUAUCGGCAUCGCCCUGGCAGCUGCAGUUAAAGGCUACCGCUGCAUUAUAACCAUGCCUGAGAGGAUGAGCAACGAGAAGGUUGAUGUGUUGAGAGCUCUCGGGACAGAAAUAGUGUGCACGCCUUCUUCUGCAGCUUUUGAUUCACCAGAGUCUCACAUAGUCACGACGUGGCGUCUGAAGAGCGACAUCCCCAACUCGCUCAUCUUCGACCAAUAUCGUAAUGCCAGCAACCCUCUGGCUCACUACGACACCACAGCUGAGGAGAUACUGGAGCAGUGUGAUGGUAAAUUGGACAUGUUGGUGGCGGGAGCCGGCACAGGCAGUACACUAACAGGUGUUGCUCGGAAGUUUAAGGAGAGAUGCCCCAAUGUCAAGAUAGUCGCUGUGGACCCUGAGGGCUCCAUUCUGUUUGGAUCUAACAAAAAUAAGACUUCCUUUGAAGUGGAGGGCAUUGGACAUGACUUUGUCCCCACAGUGUUGGACAGAUCUCUUGUUGACAUGUGGUAUAAAUCGACUGACCAGGAGACGUUCACAAUGUCACGCAAGCUGAUCAGAGAAGAGGGUCUCCUGUGGGGCGGCAGCGCUGGCUCAGCCAUGGCAGCAACAGUAAAGAUGGCUCGGCAGCUUGAGGCGGGACAGUGCUGUGUGGUCAUCCUGGCUGACUCUGUCCGCAAUUUUAUGUCAAAAUUCCUGAGUGACCAGUAGAUGUGUGAGAAGGGGUUCCUCAGCCUGGAUGAGCCGAUGGACUUCAAACCUUGGUGGCAGGACAUGACUGUUCAGUGUCUUAACCUAUCCGCCCCCCUCACUGUGUUAGCAUCUGUGUUAUCCAUCGAUAUCCUCAAAGAGAAAGCAUUCGACCAGGCCCCAGUCGUUGAUAACUCGGGUGUGGUCCUGGGGAUGUUGACGCUGGGAACCAUCCUGUCCUGUAUGUCGGCCGGGAAGGCCAAACCCUCAGAUGCUGUCAGCAAGGUGCUCUGUAAGCAUUACAAGCAGGUGCACCUGGCAGACAACCUGGGGAAGCUGUCCCAAAUCCUUAAAACAGACCACUUCGUCCUGGUGGUGCACGAUCACACUCAGAAUAAAGCUGAUGGGUCAACUUGUCAGAAGCAGAUGGUGUUUGGCAUCGUGACAGCAAUUGACCUCCUUAACUACAUCACCACAGAUAAGAGACAUGAGCACUGCUUGUUUUACCAGGAACUUAGUAUGCCUACAGGUAGCACCUACAGGCAGGCAGAUGAAGCCCUCCACCUUGUGGCUGAUUAG